GCGCCGCAUCUGUCAUUGUUGGUAAACCCAAAUUCCUCACUGGGUAUCGCUUCUUUUCCAAUGUUAGACGAAAAUAGCGUCAGGUUUCAAUGGGAACAGAAGAAUGUGUGUUAAAGGUUGCUAACAUGUUGACAGUUCAUAGGGAUUGUAUCACCAUUCUGAAGAUGCUAUUGAAUGAAGGUGAUGCAGUAAGGUUUUGUACGUUGGAACCUGAAGGAAAGGUUUGUAACCGGUUUCAGUCAAAAAAAAAUUCUACAACUGACUUGAACCUAGGCCAUAACCAACCACAGGAGGAAGCUCCAGUUAAUCAGAUUGUUGGUCGUUAUCAAGAAAUUUAUGCCAAGUAUAGGGAAGAAGAAGCUGAUAGAACUCAUGUGCAGUUUCCCAUGGCGGUAUAGACAUUUCUGAGAAGAUGUCAUAUCUGCUCAACUAAACCGGAAAACAAGACUAUUUACUUAAGUUUUUGUAGAUUAGAUUUAAUGACAGAGAGAUAAUUCAGAGAGUUAGUUGUGAUGAUUGAUUAAGAUUUAAAUCUUUUGAGAAAGAUACAACCUGCUACAAUUUUAUGUUUAUCUUGUAAUGGAUUCCCAUAAUAAAGUUAGCUAUUGUAUAAACAGUUAUUUAUGGGUUUAACAUUUGCUA